AUUCUAGCAGCGCCUCUAUUGGACAGAAUAUUUUCUGAAAAGUGUGCUGUGAAAAUGUAGGAUGGGCAAUUAGGGGUGCACUUUCAGGGACAACAAUAUAAAAAGUUGACAUUACGCAGUGCAAAUAAACAUCACAGUUAAAUAUAAGAACCAAAUCUCCAGAUUGGUUUGGAUUGAAGCCAGCUAUGGAGUUUGUUGAACUAAUCCUAAUUCCUAAGCUUGAUGGGGUAGUGAUGCAUGGGCCAUUCCAAAAACCAGUUGAUGGCACACUUUGCAUCACUGGUCACCACCUUAUACUGUCAACCAGAAAAGAAGGUGUUGAAGAACUCUGGCUUCUUCAUCAUAAUGUAGAUGCAGUAGAGAAGAAACUCAAUGGAUUGCAAGGAGGAAGUUUAAUAAUCAAGUGCAAGGAUUUUCGAAUCAUUCAGCUGGACAUCUGUACACCAGAUGAAUUUGCAAAGGUUGCUACAACUAUUGAGAGCCUCUCAUCACUGGAUGAACCUAACAAACUGUACCCCUUCUUCUACCGCCCUCUGUUCCCAAUCAUGGAGGAUGGUUGGACAGCAUUCCGACCUGAGACAGAAUAUUCACAGUUGGUGACAAGUCAGGGAGAUGAAUGGAGGAUCAGCUACAUCAAUAAGGACUUUCAGGUCUGUGCCACAUAUCCAAGUGCAGUUGUGGUUCCCAAGUGUGUGGAUGAUAACACUAUCAAAGCUGCUGCUAGUUUCCGUGAAGGUGGACGGUUUCCAGUUCUCAGCUAUAGACAUGAUGGUGGGAGUGUUCUGAUGAGGAGUAGCCAACCUCUGACAGGUCCCAAUUCCAAACGAUGCAAGGAAGAUGAAAGACUCAUCAACUCUGUUCUGGGACCCGGUAAACGUGGGUACAUUAUUGACACCCGUACACAAACACUUGCUCAGACAGCCAAGUCUCGAGGUGGUGGUUUUGAGGUAGAGAUGUAUUAUCCACAGUGGCGACGAAUCAAUAAGCCCAUUGAUCGACAUCAUGUCCUGCUUGAUUCCCUAGCCAAGCUCAUUGAAGCUUGUAAUGACACAACUGUAUCAAUGGAGAAAUGGCUGUCACGCUUGGAAUCAUCCAAUUGGAUGUCGCAUAUAAAGGACACACUCAAUUGUGCCUGUUUGGUGGCUCAGUGCCUUGAUCAGGAAGGGGCAUCAGUACUUGUCCAUGGUUCUGAAGGUUUGGAUGCUACUUUGCUGGUAACAUCAUUAGCACAAAUCAUCCUUAAUCCUGACUGUAGAACUGUAAGGGGGCUGGAGGCGCUUGUAGAGCGGGAAUGGCUGCAGGCAGGAUAUCCAUUUCCCAUUCGCCACCGCAAGUCAUGCUAUGGCAGUGGACGGAGCAAGACUCAGGCCCCAACAUUCCUCCUUUUCCUUGAUUGUGUGGCACAGAUUCACCAACAGUUUCCAUGCAGCUUCGAGUUCAGCACCUCAUUUCUUAUCAUGCUAUUUGAACAUUCCUACUGUUCACAGUUUGGCACAUUCCUGGGCACAUGUGAAGCAGAUAGGACUAGAAUGAAGCUGGCCGAGCGGACUGUCAGCCUGUGGUCUUACCUGAAUCGGCCCGAUGUACUUCAGUCUUUCCUCAACCCCAUGUAUGACCCCAAUAACCGUGUCAUUUGGCCAUCAGUUGCACCCAUGAGCUUGUCACUGUGGUCUGAAUUAUUCCUUCGUUGGGUUGUGGAUCAGACACCUCAGCAGAGGGCCUGGGAGAUGAUGACAUCACUUCGAGAGAAAGAAAAGGAGCUACGGCUGAAAGCCACGCGGUUACGACGACAUUUGGCAGACCUGGAGAAGGAAGCUCUGGAAGCAGGAAUACUUCUUCCAGCAUCAGCUGAUAGUGUGCCUACAACAGAAGUAGCAGCUAAUGCUUAAAGAUGGUUUAAAUAGUUCCAGCUUUCUGUCACACUGCUGGUUAGUGAAGACAAGCAGUUUGUAAAAUUUCAAAAUGUCUCAAAUGAUCUCGAGAGGUGAAACCAAAAUUUCCUUCUUCUUUGCCCAUGUUGUCAGUGUUGUUUAUUGUCUGUUCAUUGUCUGUUAAUCUUCUGUAAGUGCAAGAUGGUUGUUUUGAAUUUCUAGAUAAAUCAAGUAUAAACACUAAAAUGUUUUCCACAUAUUUGUAUUGCGCCAAGCUUAUUUACAAAAGUGCUUCUUGCUAGAUCCAUACAGUAUAAAACAUUGUGCAAUAGAAUGCUUUUCUAACAUAUAAAUUCAAUAAUUAAACUACAAUCUCAUGUGAAGCAGAAAUAAAAAUUAAUAAAAUGUGUUUGAAAAAUGGAAGAAUUUUUAUAUGAAUUUAUAAUAUCAAACAAAUAAAGCUGUUUCAUUGUCUAUUAAAAUGCUGUUAUAAUUAAAUGUGUAAAGAUGGAUAAGCUAUAGAUUUAUAUAUACCAAGGUUCAUGUCAUAUUGUUAGUUCUUUGUUACUUUAAGAACUCGAAAAGAUUAUGAACCUGUUUCUGUUUUCUGGGUUUAUUGCCAUAACAUGUGUAAUAAAAGCAUUAUCAUAUUCUGUUC